AUGUUGGCCACGGGACGAUCACUACCUCACGGUUUUGGAUUACGUCUGACGUUGGAUUUACGUGGUCCAGGUCGACGAGUAUUAAUUUGCCGUACACACAUGGUCGAGUCUGUUUUUGCGUAUCUCCGGAAAAACGUGUCCAAUGUGUACCCGGCUGAGCCUACAGUGGUCAUAACUGGCAUGUGUGUUUCAUCACUUUUACAGAAUACAGAUUACCUAUUCAAAUCGUAA